GUCAGCAAACUUAGAACCAACGGUGACUAUUUGACCGUCAGCUUUUCUCAGUCAUUCGUUCACUCUGCCACUUGUUAUUAACAAAAAUGGCUUCAAAUCUUCUUCUGCUCCAAGCUUCCCACCCUCUCCCCCAUCACUCACUGUCAUUUUCCCGCCAAAAACGAAGUCCUCCGCCUCCCUCACUCUCUGCACACAACUCUUCUUCCUCUUCCUCUUGUACUCAUUCCACCAUCGUCAAGAUCAAGGGUUCUUCUUCUUUGGCCACACGCAGUAUUGUUGCAUCUGCCAUUGGAUCCAACUUGAAUGCUCCUCUCAUCUCUCCUCACGAUAAUUGGGGAAACUGGACCGCUCUCUUCGCUGCCGCCGUCUUUGGAAUCUGGUCAGAGAGGACCAAAAUUGGGAGCACGCUGAGUGGAUCUCUGGUGAGCAUAUUGGUGGGACUUGCAGCCAGCAAUGUGGGGAUUGUUUCCAGUAAAGCUUUGGCAUACGACGUCGUCUUGAAAUUCCUUCUCCCUCUGGCUGUUCCCUUGCUGCUCUUCAGGGCCGACUUGCGCCGCGUAGUCAAGUCCACUGGAACACUCCUCUUGGCUUUCUUGUUAGGCUCAGUUGCAACUACAAUUGGAACAGUAGUCGCAUAUCUGCUUGUUCCAAUGCGAUCGCUUGGUCAGGAUGGUUGGAAGAUAGCAGCCGCACUCAUGGGCAGACAUAUUGGAGGAGCUGUCAACUAUGUUGCAAUUUCUGAUGCCCUUGGUGUUACCCCAUCAGUUUUAACCGCCGGGUUAGCUGCAGACAAUGUUAUCUGUGCAGUGUAUUUUUCAACAUUGUUUGCAUUAGCCUCUAGAGUGCCUCCAGAAGCCUCAACAUCUGUGAAUGACGAUGAAAUAACUACCAAGUCUAAUCCAAGGAACACACUUCCUGUGCUCCAAAUGGCUACUGCUCUUGCUGUGGCCUUUUCCAUGUGCAAGGCUGCCACUUUUCUUGUAGGAUAUUUUGGAAUCCAAGGGGGUAUUCUUCCGGUGGUAACAGCAAUUGCUGUAAUUCUUGCAACUGUAUUUCCCAAACCAUUUUCUUCACUUUCACCCUCCGGCGAGGCUAUGGCUGUGGUUCUCAUGCAGGUGUUCUUUGCAGUAAUAGGUGCAAGUGGUAGCAUAUGGAGUGUUAUCAGAACAGCACCUAGCAUCUUCCUUUUUUCUUUUGUUCAGAUAGCAGGGCAUCUUGUGGUGAUUCUUGGAUUGGGAAGACUGUUUCGGUUCGACUUGAAGUUGCUUCUUAUUGCAUCCAACGCUAAUGUUGGAGGGCCAACCACAGCAUGUGGAAUGGCAACUACAAAAAGGUGGGAUUCUCUCAUUGUGCCUGGCAUUCUUGCUGGUGUAUUUGGAAUUGCCAUUGCAACUUUUCUUGGCAUAGGAUUUGGUCAAACAGUAUUAAAAUACAUGUGCAAUUCAUAGCUCUAUGUAAGAACUUCCUCCUCUUCUUCCCAUUUCUUAGUUUUGAUAGGUUUUGAGGAGUUCAAAGAUACAAUUUGUGUUAAAGAUAAUCAACCCUAAACCCUAAACCCUAAAUCCUAAACCCUCUAAAACUCCUCCUCGACUUUGAAUUUCAAUUCAAUAAUUUUUUUGUGCAACC